UCCUAACUUAAACGUCAACAGCCAUCUGAGCUACAAGGGUUAAAAAGCUUGAACGCCACUUGCACUUCAAUGACCACAACCAACUGACCUCGCUGUUUUCUCAAACACCGUGUCUCCUCGCUUCACAACAGCCACUUGGUCUUCUACUUUGGCUCGGUUUUGUUGCAGUUCAUCUAUUUCGCGGGCAUGGUUCGUGGCGGACAAAGAGGCCGUGGCGGACAAAGAGGCCGUGGCGGACAAAGAGGCCGUGGCGGCGGAAGGUCGUUCAGUCGUGGUAGAGCUACACCACGUAAGUACCGAUGGAAAAUAUUUGUAACUGUGAAUUCAUCGUGACCCAGGAAACCCUCACUCGUUCUCGUUGCACGAUGAGGUAUCGAACACUGAAAGGCAACAACACUACUGGUCUCAGGACACAAAAUUACGACAUCGGACUGUUCCCUUUGUAAUGGCCGGUGUGUUGGACGAAGCUGCAAACACGCAAGACGAAAAGGCUGCCAACACGAAGGAGAAUGAAGGUCCCAAUAUUUCUUUGUGUACUGAUCCAGCCAAUGUGUCUGGCCCAAGCGGAUCAAUGUCUCAGCUGAGUAUCUCACCUCCCGAGAAACCAGUAAGACUACGGCACCCUUUGCAUUCUCGAACAUCGCCAUUAGUCAUCCGCCACUCUGCGUCUUCGCUCGCGCCUGUGGUUUCUGCUUCAGCUGCUGAUGCAUCGACUGCUUCCCAUGGCUCGUCGCGCCAGGAAGUCAUCGAGGAGAGGUGCAUUGCCAAUAAUAUAGCUUUACAAAGUCGAGAUGACACCAUGGACACUAUCCUUUCGCGUAGUCCGACGCCAGCAGCAUCGGACUCGAGUGAAGACAUCGUCGUGUUCAAGGGACGGGGUCACACAUCAGUCUCAGCACCUCUUCCACCACGACAAAAAACCGUGCCCACGUCUGGAGACAUGGUACAGUAUUCGAAAUAUGAUGAGAACAAGUGCGUGUCUAUUGACAGAGCCUUCAAUGUCCGAGAGGGAGAUACCCAAUCAUGGGAUGUCGGGUCAACACCCUGGGAACAUAGGAGCACACCUGGUGUUGGCUGGGCGAAUGACUACAUCUUUGCAGAGAAACAGCGAAAGACAAAGCGGUCUGCUAGGAGGGAAGAUAUUCGAAGACUCGAGCAGACCCGUGUCCUAGCGGAAUAUAAGGCUCAGCAGGACGCAGUUCGAGAUUACAUUGAGAAUAUACAAGCCCAUGAUGAUGAUUCGGAUGACACUCCGAUGGUGACGAAGUCCGUUCAACCCAGUGACACAAAGACUGUCAACUUUUCUGCAGGUAAUCAUGAAUCUACAGCCCUGGAUGGUUGGAAUGAGACGACAAUACGCGAUCUGGAUGAUAUAAGUACGUCUUCAGAUGUUAGUGGGGAUGUGGUACGGAUUUUGAACAAGCGUAUUCGGCCUAGUGGUGUGCAGUAUCUCGUGGUCUAUGAAGAAUCUGGGGUCGAUGAUGCCUGUUGGUUACACUCUUCGCAUCUGAACCGGCCCGCUGAAAUUGUUCUGGUCAGAACGUAUGAGCAGGAGCAUGAUGAAACGCUCGCACGGCAGCUCGUCUCGGAAAGUACUGAUAGCGAUACUCAGGGAAGACAGUCUGAAUAUGAGGCUGCAGGCUCUGACGAUGACGUCGAUGGCUCGGUCGACUUGGACUUGGAUGACCUAGAGUAUGAGGAUACAUCUACAGGGCGCCACAUUGAGAGCCUGUCGGAUGAAGGUCUUGCCAGGAUCCUAUCGGUGCAGCAAUCGCUCGGACUUGAUACCGACGAAAUCGUGCUUUUCGACGAUGUCUUCGGUAGCAGGGCCAUUUCUGACCAUACAUCCAAAAGCAACGUAAUCCUUGCCAACAAAGCUUCUAGUGGUAGAAGCAAUAAAAGACGGCAGAGAGUUGGCUUCUUUCCAGAUGCAUCUCUGAUGGCAGACAUGCUUGAUGAGGAUCCAUACAACGCAUUUGACGUCAUGGACUUCGAGAGACCUAGUCUGAAGCCGAAGAAAAAGGGUCGCCGUAGCGACCCUGCCUUAGAUUUAUCAGACGAGGAACUGGCAGCUCAAAUCCAGGCAUCUUGGGAGGAUGAUAGGAAGAAGAAGAGUCUGAAGAGGAUCGAACGACAGCAGAUGCAUAAAGAAGGUCUCAUUGGAAAAAAGAAGAACAAGUUCAAGAUAGAGCAGAGUCGAUCGGAAGAGCCCCCUUCGUGGAGUGAACUGAAGACCGCCAUCGAAAAAUUCCUCUGUUCCUCUGAGUCGUUCUAUACCUUUCCAGCGACGCUGUCGAAGACGGAGCGUAUCUUCGUCCAUAGCGCUAGCCAGAUGUUCGAAUUGGAAUCUACGUCGAGAGGCAGUGAACGGGCUGGGAAUCGCCAGUUGACCGUCACCAAAAACUCUUGGACCAUUGAUGCCAAUCACGAUGAGUACUCACGGAAGCUUAGUCAAGUGCAACGGAAAUUUUUUCAUUCGGACAUGAGACCACGUCUAGAGGGUUUGGGUCGUAGUGUGAAGCGUGGUAUGCGAGCUUUUAAAGACCCAGUUGGGAAGCACAAGGACCAGCUCGUACAUGGGGCUACGUACUCGACCGGGGAGAUCGUGGGCUCGAAAGCACCCGAGAUUGGACAAGACAAUAGAGGUCGAGCUAUGUUGGAGAAGAUGGGGUGGACAAAGGGGGAUGCCUUGGGUGCUUAUGACAACAAGGGAUCGACUGAUCCUAUCGCACAUCGUUUCAAGGCUGGUCGAGCUGGUUUGAGAUAGACUCUUUGGCAUGUUGAAACUAAUUAGACAUACAACCAGCUUUCUUGGUCAUAAUCUUGUCGAUUAUAGGUCCCUGUAAUAUACCAAAUCAAAGUCUUGGUUUACACAAUAAUUAAUCCAAUUUUUUACUUAUAGA